AUGCACUCAGACGACGAGGAGGAGGACGAGGAGAUGCAGAGUGAAGAAGAUGAGGACGAGGAGAUGGAGGAGGGUGAGGAGAUGGAGGUCGCGGAAGAAAGCGAAUCUCUCAGAGCAGAGCUGCAGCUGAAUCCGAGAGUCGAGACUCUGCUCAAACAAGCGCUGAUGCUGCAGCUCAGCGGCAAGCUCCAGCAGGCGGUGCAUGCGUACCUCAUGUCGUUCAAGGUGCAGCCGUCCAUAGCUGAGCACUUCGUCGACGAGUUUCUGAAAGCGCUCGCCUCCCAUUCCAGCGAGCUCAUGGAUCAGGGCGACAUCGAGACUGCGAUCAGCAUGCACCGCCUUGCUUGCUCCGUGUUCCCUCGCAACCUUCACCUCCUCACGGAGCUGGGGAGGCUGAGCUUCCUGUCGGGCAAGGAGGUUGUCGCUGCUGACUGCUGGCGGAGGGUGCUCUCCAUGGAUGAUGACUACAUCGUCGCCCAGGAAAGCCUCGACCUGCUCAAUGGAAGGGCUAUCAACCGCUGGCACUACCGGAUGAUCAACGACCCGGUCCGCAACCAGUGCUACGCUGACGCAAUCGCACGUGCAGUUGCGAGGUCAGGAGAUCAGCCCAAGGUGCUGGACAUCGGCUGCGGGACUGGGCUGCUUGCCAUGUACGCUGCACAAGCACGGCCGGGCGUGACGGUGUGGGGAUGUGAGCUGUCGGAGCCAAUCGCUGAUCUGGCAGGGAGGGUACUGGAGGCGAACGGACUGCGGGAGAGAGUUCGAGUGCUCGCGUGCCACUCGGACGACAUCGUGAUCGACGACGGGAGGGAGGGAGAACACUUGACGUGUUCCAUCCCUUCCAAAGUCGACGUCGUCGUGACUGAGACGGCUGACUGCGGGCUGCUGGGGGAGGGGAUGCUCCCGUCCCUGUCGAGCGCUCAAAGCCGGCUGCUCGCGCACAGAGGUCAGAUGAUCCCGAGCCGUGCUGACGUGUACUGCAUGCUCGUGUGCUCUCCGAUCUUGCGGUCGCAAGGAAGGAUGAACGCUGAAGCUCACUGCGGGCUCAAGAUGUGCAGCGACAACGUCUUCAUCCCGCAAGACCCCUACCUCUGCGAGUACUUGACGGAGAGCGGACACUCUCCUCUGUGCGACCCUUUCCUCGCUCUCACCGUUCCUUUCGACAUGAGUCUUGGCGGCAUGGCAUCGACGCGGCAGCACCGUGUGAGAGUCACGCAGGGCGGGAGGGUGGACGCGUUGGUCAUGUGGUACCACCUCUGGCUUGACAGUGAAGGAGGGUUCUCCACUUCGCCAUCAUGGUCGUCGCUACCGCAGGGGAUGCACCUGACCACGUGCUGGGAGCAGGCCGUCUUCAUCCCCGACAACAAUUUCCAGGUGGAAGGUGGAGACGAGGUUGAUGUGCUGGUCUCUUGCAGCGCCAAGAACCUCCACUGGAGACUGAGGAAGUCGGACAUGACGAGCUGGGUGGGGACGGCAGGGGAGGACGAGGACGGGAACCAAGUGAUCAAAGUUGGGGAGAGGGUCAUCAGCGUCCUGAAUGACAAGCACAAGAACGAGGCCUACGAGGAAGCGCUCAAGCGUGCCAUGAGAUCGCUGAGGAUGGCCUGUCCCGGCACACCGUUGCACGUGCUGGACCUGAGCCAUGGCUGGAGUUUGUGCGGGUUGUUGGCUGCGAGAUGCGGAGCCGACAAGGUGCUGAUCAUGGAUCCUCCGGAUGAGACGCAGGCGCUGAUGGAGAUCAUCAACGACAAUCAUUUUGACAAGAUCGUGGAGAUCUUCGAUCCCCUGGUGGAAGAUUUCCUGAGCAUCGGGAUAAGAAGAACUUUCUCCCGAAGGAGCUCAGGGCACUCCUUGCAUGAGAAGCUUGUCAGGCUGGCGAUGAACAAAGCCAGUCCCUUCAGGGAGGACCCCCAGCAAGCUCAGCCUCCUCCAAGUACCAAGAAGAGCUCGAAAUCUUCAUUCAUGUGGAGUGCAGCGAAGGGAAAGAAGUCGACAAAGGAUCCCAAGACAAGAGAGAAGGAGAGCGAAGCGUCUCCCUCAACAGACGAGAAGAACAAACUCAAGGGACCUCAAAAAUCUUUUCACAUAAUCGUGCUGGAACUGAUCGAUCCGGGCGGGAUGUUGACGCAGGGGAUCCUAGAGGACGUGAGGCUAGCCAAGGAAUGGUUUCUGACGCAAGACAAGGGUCUUAUCUUCCCCAGCAGCUUCUGCCUCCGCUUCGUCUGCUUGCAGUCCGACCAGAUGGUCCAGGACAACCGAGUGAACAAGGCUGCGCAGCACGGCCCGGACGUCUCUCUGCUGGACACGUUCAGCGUCCGGACGCUGAUGAGCGUUGACCUGCGAUGUUUGCGCUGCCAGCAGAUCACAGGAGAAUCGAAGCUUCUCAACGUGGACCUCGCUUCCCUUCAACACCAGCAGACGGAUGAAGUUGUGGUGGAGGCGAUGACGGACGGCAGGAUCGACGGGAUCGUCUUUUGGUUUGAGCUGAGAAUGGGGGAUGUCACCCUCGAGACCUAUGACCGAUCCCGCCCCAUGAGUUCCCCAGCUGGACACCUACAGCAAGCUCCGGUGUUCGACUCCGACGCUCAUCCGCCCCACUGGCGGCAGGCUGCAUGGAUCUUCAAGGAAGGAGUUCAGGUGCAGAAUCGCGAAAGGUUAAAAGUUCAGGCAAGUUUGCAAGGGAGCUACUUGUCGUUCAAGAUUACAAGACAAACUUGA